AAAACCUUCUGUGUUCAUUUGGUAACAACAACCAGUGCGACUUGAACGGGUUCUCCUUCUCCAAUUCAUCUUCUUUCUCAGAUCUACGGCCAAAUCCGAUUGAAUCCAUGGCAACACCUGACCAUUUGUUCAAUCUUCGCAACAACUUCUACUUGGGUGCCUACCAGGCUGCCAUUAACAGCAGCAACGUCAACAAUCUCUCCCCAGACGAUGCCAUCGAGCGAGACUGUCUCGUUCAUCGCUGUUACAUCGCCCUCGGUCAAUUGCAGUUUGUAAUCAGCGAGAUCGAUUCCUCGGCUGCUACUCCUCUUCAGGCAGUGAAAUUGUUAGCUCAAUAUUUCUCGAGCCCUGAAAACAAGGAAUCUACGAUCUCGAGUCUGAAGGAGUGGUUGGCAGAUCCUGCUAUUGGGAACAACUCUACUUUGAGAUUGAUUGCUGGGAUCGUGUUCAUGCACGAACAGGACUACAAUGAAGCCCUUAAGCACACGAAUGCUGGGGGCACACUGGAACUGCAUGCCCUGAAUGUCCAAAUAUUUAUCAAGAUGCAUAGGUCCGAUUAUGCUGAGAGGCAACUUAGGGUCAUGCAACAGAUUGAUGAGGAUCACACACUAACCCAGCUCGCCAAUGCAUGGCUAAAUUUGGCAGUGGGUGGCUCCAAGAUCCAGGAAGCUUAUCUUAUCUUCCAAGAUUUAUCAGAGAGGUAUCAAUCAACCAGUUUGCUUUUAAAUGGUAAGGCUGUUUGCUGCAUGCACAUGGGGAACUUUGACGAAGCUGAAACCCUAUUGGUGGAAGCACUGAACAAGGAUGCCAGGGAUCCUGAAACUCUUGCCAAUCUGGUUGUUUGCUGUCUUCAUCUUGGCAAACCAUCUUCCAAAUCUUUCAGCCAAUUGAAACUUUCGCACCCGGACCAUGUGCUUGUUAAACGGGUAUCAGCAGCAGAAGAGAGCUUUGAUAGAGCACUGCAAUCAUUUACUUAAUUAGUGAGUUGAUGAUUUAGUUUCUUUUAGCAUUUCAAUGUUGUUAUGUUCUGCUCAUGCAGUCUUAAUUGUGGCUGUUAAAUGCACUAGUUAGAGCACAAUGGGUUUGGUGCCCUGUAUCAACCAAAUUUCAUGGCAUUGAUUGGUUUUACUUUAAGCUUGAUGUUGUAACAACUACUUCUCAUAUUAAUAUACAAGAAGUUUCUUUAUUUUGGAUUUUAA